AUGCUGCGAGGUCACAAUGGACUAGGAACGCGUUUUCUGCGCCGGUCGUGUCGCGCCGCCGCCGCUGCCGUCGCGCACCCUGCAACCUCCGGGGCCGUGGCAGAGAUGGCCAUGAUGAGCAGUAGCGCGUGCACGUACGUGCGUUCCUUCUCCACUGCGACGCCGUUGUGCCUCGCACGGCGCCUGGCUGGCAACCAUCGACGGCAGCGCAGUCGUGAGCCGACCAAGGGCGACUGGCUGUGCCAGUGUGGUGAAGUCAACUACCAAUCCAAGCGUGAGUGCUACAAGUGUGGUGCCCCCGCCCCUCCACUUCCCCCUGGCGUUCGCCGCCCGAGUCUACCAGGUGAGGAUCCGCAUGAUUGGGCCUGUCCGUGUGGGCAAAUGAACUUCAGAGGCUCCGUUGUGUGCCACAAGUGUCAGCAGCCAAAGCCCGUGCCGCCGCCGCUGCCCGGAAAGGAGACGACGCUGUGGACGUGCCCCAAGUGCAAAGGCGUCAACCGCAACAACCGCAAGUUUUGCUUCAAGUGCUCGGCACCGUCGCCGUUAGUCGAGUUUAAGCCGCAGCAGUAG